AUGGUUGACGCGGAUAUGAGAAGCUAUAACUCCCGAGUGGAUGAGUUCAGGGGUAGGGAGUUCCCCAUGAUCAAAGGUUCAUUGGUUCAUCAACUACAAUUAUUCUAUCUCAACUUACUGACCAACAACACAGACUCCAUAUAUCUCGACCAUGCCGGAACAACGCUAUAUGCCAAGUCUCUGAUUGACAGAUUCUCUGCAGAAUUGACGUCAAACUUGUUGGGCAACCCCCACUCCGCUUCGCCUUCUUCUCAGUAUAGCACCUCUCGCAUUGAAGAUAUUCGCCUCAGACUUCUCCGUUUUUUCAACGCUGACCCUGAGGAAUUUGACUUGGUCUUCGUUUCCAACACCACAGCUGGGAUCAAACUUGUUUCCGACGCCUUCCGAGCCUCACCAGAGGGCUUUUCUUACAUAUACCACCAAGCUUGCCACACAAGUAUAAUAGGGGUUCGCGAAGAGGCGCGUGAGAGCAGAUGCGUUGCGGAUGACGAUGUGAGACGUUGGAUUGAUGGGAAAUCUCCUCUGGAUGAUUCGGAAGCAUCAGACUCGCCCACGCUAUUUUCAUAUUCAGCUCAAUCUCAUAUGGAUGGGCGACGUUACCCGUUAACGUGGCCAUCUCUACUGCGAGAGUCGCCUGCCGUCUCGCACCGGCAAUUUUUUAUGCUAUUGGACGCAGCCUCACUAGUGGCCACUUCUCCUCUAGAUCUCAGUAACUCGGAGACGGCACCCGAUUUUACGGUUUUGAGUCUUUACAAAAUCUUUGGCUUUCCAGACCUUGGCGCUUUGAUUGUUAGAAGGCAGGCCGAGCCGAUUUUCAACCAAAGGCGCUAUUUCGGGGGUGGCACCGUCGAUAUGGUUGUCUGCGGAAAAGAAAGAUGGCAUGCUCCAAAAUCGACGUUCCUUCAUGAAAGGCUAGAGGACGGCACUCUUCCAUUUCAUAACAUCAUAGGACUUGAUGCUGCUCUAGAUGUUCACGCAGAGCUCUUCGGAAGCAUGAGUAGCGUAGCAUCGCACACAGCAUUCCUCAGAAACCGACUAUACGAUGGACUUGCCAGCCUCAAACAUGGAAAUGGGCUGCCCGUCUGCACUAUCUACUCAGAACGGCGCAGCGAGGUUAAUGGCUCAGUAGGAAGCGGGCCACUCAUCUCGUUCAACAUUCGCGACGCUGCCGGAGCCUGGAUCAGUCUAUACGAGCUUGAAAAAUUAGCCAUGUUGAAGAACUUACAUAUUCGAACCGGCGGCGUCUGCAGUCCUGGAGGUAUCGCUUCAGCACUCGGCCUGAGCCCAUGGGAGAUGAGGAAGAAUUUCUCCGCUGGGUUUCGCUGCGGCACUGACCAAGAUGUCAUCGCUGGAAAGCCGACUGGCGUUAUUCGAGCAAGUCUUGGUGCGAUGAGCACUAUUUCCGACGUUGACUUCCUAAUCGACUUUAUUGAUGAAUUCUAUCGAGAAGAAGUGUCAGUUGAUGACUGUCGCGCCGAAAACCAGACUUCAUCGAUAGGGUUCCAGGUCCAGGGCAUCAGCGUCUACCCGAUCAAGAGCUGUGGCGCCUUUUCUGUUCCGCUCGGUAUGGACUGGGAAGUCAUGCCCGAAGGUCUGGCUUGGGAUAGAGAGUGGUGUCUUGUCCACCAAGGGUCAGGACAGGCACUAAGCCAGAAGAGGUAUCCCAAGAUGGCCCUCAUCAAACCCACUCUUGACUUCGACGGUGGCGUGCUGCGUGUAGCGUACAGAGGGAGAAAACUCUCUCACCUACCCGACGAGAUCUCAGUUCCUCUAUCUGCGGAUCCCACUUACCUCGAAACAAACGGCGGCCCUCGUGAGAGGUCCUCACGAGUAUGCGGCGACAAGAUUACGACGCAAGUGUAUGCCUCCGAUCAUGUCAACGGCUUCUUCAGUGAUAUUCUCGGUGUGCCAUGCGCAUUGGCACGAUUUCCAGCGGGAGGACAGGGACCAAGUAUGCGUCACUCAAAAGCCAAGGUGCAGAAACAUCAGCACCCUCAAGUUUGGGUCCCAAAGGGGAGUUUCGGGGCAUCUCCAGAGUUGCCUUCUCCGCCGGAUUCGGACUCUGAACAAUCACCAGCAAAGAUUCUACUUUCCAAUGAGAGCCCAAUACUCCUGAUCAAUACAUCGAGUUUGCGCGCCCUCAACGACGAAAUCCAGGCAACUGGCGGGGAACCAGUUCCCUCCGAAGCAUUCCGAGGCAAUAUCUUGGUCGGGCCAACUCAAGAUCCUGACCAUCUCCCAUGGGCAGAGGAUGGAUGGACAAAACUCACGAUUGGUGGUGAGGAUUUCACUAUGCUGGGAUCCUGCCGCAGAUGCCAGAUGGUAUGCGUCGACCAGGAGAGCGGCGAAAGACACCAGGAACCUUUCGUGACGCUGAGCAAGGUCAGAAGGUUCGACGGCAAAGUGUACUUUGGCACUCAUAUGAGCCAUGAUUCCACUAAGGCACUGCUCGGAGAAGGAACGCGCCGUCCAGUGAUACGAGUCGGCGACAUGGUCAGUGUAGGAGCAUGA